AUUCUUGAGAAAACAAGCAUUGGAAGUGUUCCCAGAAUAAAUGGCAUCAUCUUCUGCUGAUCAAAACACUCAGGUUCUAGUUAGAGUAGCACCCAAAAAUUAUCAAUAUCCGCCAUAUCCACCUCCCUUGGCUAUAUAUAAGAAUAUUGAGGCUUCUCCUGAAGUGUUCGUGGAUACUUUGAAGAAGCUUCAUGCUAGCUUGGGAACCAAGUUCAUGAUCCCAGUUAUAGGGGGGAAAACGGUGGAUUUGCAUCGCCUCUUUGUCGAGGUAACUACUCGUGGUGGUAUCAUAAAGGUUCUAGGGGAUAAAAGAUGGGAGGAAGUAACGUCACUUUUUAGUUUUCCUUCUUCAGAAAGUGAUGCUUCAUAUAUCCUUUUGAAUUACUAUACAUCCUUGCUAUUCCAUUACGAAAGAAUUUACUAUCACAAGGAAAAGUAUUGGACUCCUCCUCCUGAUGAUGAGUGGCUGCAAGUCUCACGUGCACCUCAUCAUGGUUUGGCCGCCGGAUCUAAGGAUUUUAGAGGUGUUCUAAAUCAGGUUCCAACAAACCAGGAGUUGCCAAUUCACGAUAUACCUACCGGGGAAGCAGCAUCAACAACUGGGGUGGUACCAAAGAAGCGUAGGAAGACGUGUGAUAUUAAAAAGCUCGAUCCGGCCCUCCCCAAGCGGAACAAUCCAGAUUGGACAGCUGCUCAAAGCAAAGGUAGACGCGUGGAAGACGGAGACAGGCCGGGCGUGACUCAGCAAAAAGCUACGGUCUUGGUUUGUGAACCGGUCCAAGGAAGAGGGCCGUUGUGUAUAAAGAUCCGGAAGGUCCGGGGAUAAGUGACCGCGAUCAGAGGAGUCGGCACCGACCCCCGGGAAUCCAGGUUCUCUCCUGAGGAAUCUCAACAACAUGGGAGAUGUGCAGAAAUUGUUCAACAGAGUAGGGAGUAUAGUAAAGAGCGAUGUUGCUGGAAGAACUCUCUGAUGAUGAGUAUUAAUUCCAGCUAGUUAGGUUAUACUAUUAGUAUAGCCACAUAAAACAUUGUCUUCGUAUAUUUGGUUGACAAACAUUUCAUUUUGUGAGACGACGGCCAUACUAUUUUUAUACAUUUUGGUGGAUGGUGAUAA